AUGAGUCAACCUAAAAUUAAGCGUAGAGUUGGUAAAUAUGAAGUGGGAAGAACAAUUGGCGAAGGAACAUUUGCAAAAGUAAAGUUUGCAAGGAAUUCUGAGACAGGGGAACCUGUGGCUCUGAAGAUCCUCGAUAAAGAGAAGGUUCUCAAACACAAAAUGGCUGAACAGAUCAAGCGGGAGAUAGCGACAAUGAAGCUUAUAAAGCAUCCAAAUGUUGUUCAAUUAUAUGAGGUGAUGGGAAGCAAGACAAAGAUAUUUAUUGUUUUGGAAUUUGUUACUGGGGGAGAGCUUUUUGAUAAAAUUGUAAACCAUGGACGGAUGAGAGAAGAGGAAGCUCGGAGAUAUUUCCAGCAGCUUAUCCAUGUAGUCGAUUAUUGCCACAGCAGGGGUGUUUUCCAUAGAGACCUUAAGCCAGAAAAUUUGCUGUUGGAUGCUCAUGGGAACCUCAAAGUUUCAGAUUUUGGAUUGAGUGCACUGUCCCAACAAGUCAGGGAUGAUGGCCUGCUUCAUACAACUUGUGGAACUCCAAAUUAUGUUGCUCCUGAGGUUCUUAAUGAUAGAGGUUAUGAUGGGGCUACUGCAGAUUUGUGGUCAUGUGGAGUGAUACUUUUUGUACUGCUAGCAGGGUACUUGCCUUUUGAUGAUUCUAAUGUUAUGAACCUGUAUAAAAAAAUUUCAGCAGCUGAAUUUACUUGCCCCCCUUGGCUCUCUUUUGGUGCCAUGAAAUUAAUAACUAGAAUUUUGGAUCCCAACCCUAUGACUCGCAUCACCAUACCUGAAAUCCUGGUAGAUGAAUGGUUCAAGAAAGGUUAUAAGCCUCCUGUGUUUGAAGAGAAAGAGGACACCAACUUGGAUGAUGUUGAAGCCGUUUUUAAGGACUCAGAAGAACACCAUGUGACAGAGAAGAAGGAAGAAGAGCAACCAACAGCUAUGAAUGCGUUCGAGUUAAUUUCUAUGUCCAAAGGACUAAAUCUUGGGAAUUUGUUUGAUGGCGAACAGCCAGAAUUUAAGAGGGAAACAAGGUUCACAUCUAGAUGCCCUGCCAAAGAAAUAAUUCAUAAGAUCGAAGAAGCUGCAAAGCCCCUUGGUUUUGAUGUUCGCAAGAAAAACUACAAGAUGAGGCUUGAAAAUGUGAAGGCUGGGAGAAAGGGAAACCUUAAUGUUGCUACCGAGAUAUUUCAAGUGGCACCUUCGAUUCAUAUGGUUGAAGUGCGUAAAGCAAAAGGAGACACUUUGGAGUUCCAUAAGUUCUAUAAAAACCUUUCAACCUGCCUUGACGAUGUUGUCUGGAAAACUGAGGAGGAUAUGCAAGAAAUGAAGUAA